UCAACAAUCUUGCCUCUGAAACAUGCUUGGAUUUGCCAAGAUAUUUCAACUUAGAUUUAAUACACGUUCCAUUUGGUUGGGUUUUGUUGUUUUCUGCAGAAAGUUCAUCACGAAGGACAACCCAUGCCAGGUGAAGAGCAAGAGGACAUAAUAAUGACCAGCACGGAGUGCACUAUUCUAAACGCCACCUGUCCACUGACUGGAAAACCUAUCAUUGAACUAACGGAACCUGUUAGAAGCAUGGAUUGCAAGCACAUAUACGAGAAGAGGGCUAUCAUGCAACAUUUAAGGACGAGAACCGCACAGAUCCGUUGCCCGGUGACAGGUUGCCCGAAAAAAUUGGUCGCAGACAGAGUGGAUUGCGACCCCUUUUUACUAAUGGAAAUUGAUGAAAUGCGAUCACUUAAUGCACAACGUGCCACAGCUGGUGUGAUCGAAGAUUUCACUCAGCUGGAACAAGAUUAAUCUGUUAAAAGUUUGCAUCAAUGGCAGCCGUUUUGAGACAUUGAGACAUCAUCAAUCCACAAUGAUUUCUCCCACUGCUAACGUAGUAUUCACAAGAACAUGUUAAAUGUUCCAAUGGGUCAAGAUGCAUUAGAUGGUAUCUAAAUCAAAUGAAUUAGUAGAAGCAUCAUUCUGUUUUGUAGGAAUUUAUUUGUAAAUUUUUGUGCUUUAUUAAAGUAUCUUACCAUCUGUAGA